GUUACUGGGUGAUAUCUAGUACGCCUGGAUUAUCCAGCCCACAUCACUUUAUGCACGUGCGGGGUGCCGUGCAGCGCGCACGGUGCUAGCCAAACCCCAAAGCUACGCCAGACAUCGAGCUGCAUGCAUCCCAGACCUGCGACCCAACAGCGACCCAACUUAACUUUGACGACCAGCCACUGCGGCGAUUUCAGGAGCCUGGCCCUCCUGUGUCUGCCAUUGUCGCCCUCGCCUGCUCCCGCGCAAUGCUCCCGCGAUGACGCCUGACUCUCCGGCCAUGACCGCCGCCUUCUCCACCGCUUCAGCUCCUCUCGCUCCAGCCAGAGCUCCGACGACGCCGCGAUCCAAGCAUGUCACCUCCUCUCCGCCUCCCGAAGCCGGUGCUGGCGCCGCCGUGGCAGAUCGCCGGAGCAAUCGUCCCGGACCGGUCGACCCGCUGUCUGAUCGGGCUACGCUGAGUCUCAUCCGUCGUACGCUGUGCCCUCAGCAACUGGGUGACAAGGGCAGAGAUGCCCAGCUGCCGAUCGAGGAGCUGCUGCCGCCGCUGACGAGCCGCAACGAUGUCGAUCUGCAGCUGUACGCCUUUCUCGCCAUAAUCAUGCGGGAAUUCGUGCAGAGCUGGUACAGCAAGAUCACCACGGAUGAGACGUUUGUGCCGGAGAUCCUGCACAUCAUCGCACACUGCACUACGGCGCUGGAGCAACGGUUUAGGAAAUUAGAUCUUGAGAGCCUGUUCUUGGACGAGAUACCAGAGCUGCUCGAUAGACAUGCUACAGCUCGUCGUGUGGCUUCUCGGGCUGCUCUGCAACCCUUGGUGGAAGCUGACCCCCGAGACGUCUAUCACUCCAUUUCCCCCCUGCCGUUUCUCUCACCCGUGCCUUGGGCAGAUGAUGCAUCCUCUGUGAAGCUACAGAAAGAGAACGAAGCAACAUAUCGCCAGCUGCUGGUCCAGGCUGUUCUAGCUAUCCUGCUCCCGACUGAAGACUUGGAGAACCCCUGCUUGACCGCACUCGUGGAGCAAAUCCUUUCGGAGCUAAUCAUUGGCAACGUUAUCGCUGGCAAAGCAUCCCAGCCAUGGCUUCUCUUCGAAGCUAUCUGCAUCGCUGCAAGGUCGCUGGAUGAGCAGAAAGCUAGAGCAAAGACAAGGAUAGUGUCCGGAAAAGAUGAACCAUCGCCAUCGUUUUCGGCCCUUGGUCAAGAUGAGGAGAAGUCUCCAAAGUGGACAGCCCAAGGGGUCUUUGUGCUGGUUAUUCACUUGAGCAUCCUCCUAUUUAAUGCGGUUCGAUUCAUGGUUGUCACCUUGGCGGACUCCAUAUCGUUACCCCCGAGGACGGCGCUUCAUCUCGAUGAGGAAGCCGCAGAUCACACUCUGGACGACAAGCAACCAUCACCACCAACGGAUACGAACGUCGCUCAGGCUAAAGUACCUGUGCUAGCCUACAAACUGUGGACUUGUUUCGGAAACUUGAUUGAGCUGGAGGAAAGGAAGCCGUGGCUGGGUGGCUUCAUAUCAUUAUUACAGACUGCUGCCGUCAACGGGCCAUGGCGAAUUGCGGGGCUCGAUGGUCCCCUCGACAGGUAAGAUAUGCAAUUUCCUUGUUAUAUUGAUCUAAUAUCGCGACUUUAUCCCUCUUUCCAUGAGCCUUUAUUCCCUCCCCUCCCUGGUCAUUGUUGAAUUCCUUUGUCACCUCGCAUCUUCUCCCAGUCACUGGACCUCCUUUUCUGGCCGCGCCUAGCCAGUGAGCUCUCGGAGCAGGGUUCCUUCUUGUUGGAUUGUGACCCGGCCAUGUACCGCAUCUCCAUCUAUGGCACGAUGCAGUUUGCAUUUUGUGCACAAUCUUGCCAGGGCGACGCCCUCGGAGUCUAUCUAGCAGAUGGGCUCCAUGCGACGAGAGGGCCGUUA